ACGUCAUAAUGAUGUUUUCGGCUGAAACCGUCUAAAGUCCUAAAAGACCGAGAUGCGCGGGCGAUUUUGCUUCAGUUCUUCUUCUUCCUCAAAACUCACUCAAUUUUCACUUCUCAAACAAAAAUCAAAGUGAAAAAUUUUAAAACCCUAGAAUCUUUCUCAGCAAAAAAAAAAUGGGGAAUUAUUUUAAUAAAGAACCGCCGCCGCCGGUGGUUCUCGUUCCUCCUCUCUUCGAUUUCCCUCCUCUCGCCGCCCGUACCAGGAUGUUGGAAAGUUCUUAUAAUAUGUUGUUUGGGAAGCUAGGUUUGAAAUGUUUGUUCGAAGAUUAUUUUGAAGAAGCUAGACAUUUUAAUACUAUUUUCAUGUUGAAACCAAUCGAUGAUCCUAAUGUUGAUAUGAUGGCAACCCUUUCAGGUCCAUUUAAUCAUAAACCUGAAGAGAGAAUUGCUGGAAAUGCGUCAUUUCGCUGGCAAAAUGAUGUGGAUGAUCCUCAUACAUUCAUGGACCUUUUUGUAUCAAAUUCUGAUCCUGUUUUACGGAUGAGGUCCUGCACUUACUUUCCGAGAUAUGGUUUUGGGGUAUUUGGCAUUUUGCCAUUGCUGUUAAAGAAAAGAGUAACUGCUGAAGACUACGGUGUCAUGGGAUUGAGAUAUGGAUCAGAAUGGUUAUCAACUGGAGUCACAGUUAUGCCCUUUGCCAUUAAAGAUCAAUUGCCAAGGAGUGCAUGGCUCGUAAGCAAGUUGGGAAGGUUGACUUUUGGGGUUCAGUACGAGCCACAAUAUGGAAGUGAAGAUGAGAUGAAAUAUAAAAAUAAAUUAAACUGGAGCUGUGCCAUUGGUUAUGGAGUAGGAUCAGGCUGUCCCUUGACUCCAUCAUUUACUUUUGGCCUUGAACUUGCCAAAAGUUCUCAGUUCAUUGCAUCGUUCUAUCAACAUGCGGUGGUCCAAAGGAGGGUGAAGAAUCCCUUUGAAGAAAGUGAAGUUGUUGGAAUAACUAAUUACAUUGACUUUGGAUUUGAAUUACAGACAAGGAUGGAUGAUGCCAAAAUAUCAAACAACAUACCUGAUUCCACCAUUCAAUUAGCUGCGUCCUGGCAAGCCAAUAAAAACUUCUUACUGAAGGGAAAGUUGGGACCUCUCAGCUCAUCACUAGCUGUGGCUGUCAAGUCAUGGUGGAAACCUUCGUUCACUUUCAGCAUUUCAGCAAAUAGGGAUCGCAUUUCUGGAACUACUGCAUAUGGAUUGGGCCUCCGCAUAGAAAAUUUAAGAGAAGCCAGCUAUCAAAGAGCUGAUCCAAAUUUCGUAAUGCUGACACCAAACAAGGAGCACCUAGCGGAGGGCACUGUUUGGAAGAUUGGAAACAGGCCAAUGCUAGAGGCUGAUGUAAAUGCCGGAAAUUUUGAUCGUUUACCCAAGGAAUUGAGACCCCAAGGAAGAAUUUUGUAGAUAUUAGUUCUGCUAUUUCCACACCUCAAGUAGGGUAUUACACUCUUUUCUUUCUCUCUUUCUAUUUAAAGUCUUUUUAAGAGUUAAUCAUUUGUGAGAAGAGUAGAUGCAUUAGUGAGAUUAGAAUCCUGAAAUUCUUUGAAAAAAGAAAAGGGAAACCUAGGCGAGGAAUACUUCCUGUUGCAGUUGUCUGUGGUAAUAAGACUAGGUGAUUUUGGAACCGAUCGCCAUCUUGUUACGUAUAGAGGAGGUUCAUGUUAAUGGUUGGAGUAACCUUUUGGAACUUCUCAUUUUACUGGUUGGCUUAUUCCCAAGGAGCAAGAACUCUAUUCUAAUUAGGCACUUUUGUGUUCCUUUUCUUUGACAAUAUAACACAACUAAUAACGCCAACUGGUAAUCUGAUAUGGGUUGAUUCAUUUUAAUUUGAAUAAAAUAUGGAUCUUAAUUUGUGAAUCGUAUGCAGUUCGAGUCAUUUUAGAAUUAACUUGGAGUCUAGUCAUUUCAAGUUGAACUUUAGAUCAUUUUGGAUUUGGAUUUAGGAUUGCAGAUUCAAAUAUUUUUGGUUAAAAUAUGCCAUAAGUCCUUGUACUCUCCACAAUCCACAUUUUUGGAAUAUAGUCCAUGUACUUCUAUUUUUAAGAAAUUAGUCUCUUUAUCUUUUUAAUUCCAAAAUUCAACUGUUGACACUUUUAAAAUUAUUUUGUUAAAUUUAAGUUCACUGCAAUGUCAUUGUUUUAGUUAAAUUGAUGCUAGAGUAUUUAUUUUAUUUCAAAAUGUCACACCACCAAAUUUAACGGUGUUUGACAGUUGGAUGUGAAUUUUAGAAUUUGAAAAGUAGAGGGAUUAAAUUCUUAGAAAUAAAAGUACAGGGACUGAAUUUCAAAUUUGUGAAGAGUAUAGGGACUUAUGACAUAUUUUAACUAAUAUUUAAAAAAAAUAAUUUUGAACCAUUUUAGAUUGAGUUUUAUUAAUUUGAAUCCAAAUUCAAGCCCUAUUGAAACUAAACUAAAUUAAUAUGGGUUAAUACAACCUUCUACACAUCCUUCAAAGAACAUAGAGAAAAUAGAACAAGUCUAUGGAACAUAGUUUAUUAGUAAAGGAAAUGUAAUGGAGAAUGUACAGUAAUCUCCAUCGUGAACAAAGAUGGUAGUUAAAACAAAGAGAUGCAGAGAUAAGGAAGAAAGAGGGUGUCAUUGAUUUAAGUGGAUGAAGGUUGCAUGUUCUUCUCUCAUAUAUUAUGUUAAAAAUACAGAUCAUAGUGCGAGAGAGGAACUGAGCUGGAAGUCAAUAGUCCAGAGCUGGAAAUUUCCUUUGAUGAAAUCGUAGUAUCCGCCCCUUAGAG